AUGGCAAAAGCUAUACCGAGAACUGGUUUACGUAGAAAUGUACGUAUUGGUGCACGUAAAAGUGCACGUAAAAUACCAAAGGGAGUUAUUCAUGUUCAAGCAAGUUUUAAUAAUACCAUUGUCACAGUUACAGAUGUACGAGGUCGGGUGGUUUCCUGGUCCUCGGCCGGUACUUGUGGAUUCAAUGGUACGCGAAGAGGGACACCCUUUGCCGCUCAAACUGCAGCAGCAAAUGCUAUUCGUACAGUAGUAGAUCAGGGUAUGCAACGAGCAGAAGUCAUGAUAAAAGGUCCCGGUCUCGGAAGAGACGCCGCAUUACGAGCUAUUCGUAGAAGUGGUAUCCUAUUAACUUUUGUACGGGAUGUAACCCCUAUGCCACAUAAUGGCUGUAGACCUCCGAAAAAAAGACGUGUGUAG